CAAAAUCUUGCCUUUGGAAGGGAUUUUAUUUUAUUUUUUUCAAGUAUAUUUUUCUCUAACCCUUUAUAGCAGAGAGGACAGUAGAAAUGUGUAAUGGAUUUUAAAAUAUUUUCCUAGGAUGUUAAUUAUUUUUAACUAAUUGUUAUAUUUUCAAAUUUUGUUGCAAAUGUGAUCCGCGAUCAACUUACCAUAAAUGACCUAAUAAACGUCUUGGGCGUCUAUUUAAGUUUAGGGGUCCAAGACGGGGCGUGAUUAGAUAGGGGGCGUUUAAAAGAGAGGCCGGCGUUUAUUCGCAUAACUGUAACGAGCUCAACCAAACGAAUAAGCUUUGGACGAAAAUAUUAAGAGAGUUUAAAAACAGCGGAAUAUCCACUCCAUCAAUUGAUAUGUCUGGGCCGUCUAGAGAUCCAUAUCUCUCUUUGAAAUCCCAACAUCGUUGUCAGAAUCCUCGCUCAGGGUUAUUGUGUUGCCGUCGUUCAGUCUAUCCUUACCUUUAACUUGAUAUUGCUCAAGAUUAAAUGCGCAAAGCCUUGUUAACCAAGGAAGAAACGGAAUGAAUUGAAUGAUUUUGCUUAAUCCUAGUAUUUUGGAGUAAUUCUCAUAGGGGGGCGUCUAUUACAGAAGGGCGUCCAAUGCAAUUUUAACAGCAUAGAGGGGACGUUAAUUAGAUGAGAGGCGUGUAUUUGGAAGUGGGCAUUUAUUUGGUCAUUUACGGUAAGCUUAUUACAUAUUAUGGUAGAACUUAUUUACAACCGAUAUAUUUUUAGUAUAUGUAAUAUAAUAAGUUUGAACAGAAAACCCGGUUUUUAAAUAGAGUUUAUUAAAUCGAUAAGAUAGGGACUUUCUUGUAAGAGUAGCCUGCGUAGCUAGCGCCUUUUUUUCUUUUUUUUUUCCGUGCGGUCUCGUUGGCCAAAACUAAAAAUCCCGUUCCUCGGUCAUUCUUUGCUCCGAAACCACACGGAAACGCUUGCUACGCAGGCUAUUGAAAGAGCUGUCAGGCUACGCGUGUAUAUGCCCAUAAGCUUUCAUUUUUAAAGAAAAUUUAAUAAACUUAAAAAAAAAAAAAAAAAAAGUGUUGCGUUAAUGUCCUUUUCUCACAUUUGCGUGUUAAGAUCGCGAAAAUAAAACCCCGCGAAAUAUUCUCUCGCCAAAAUCGCGAAAUUAAAUACUUGCGAAAUUUUAAAUUAGUAACAAUAAGGUAUUAAAGGCCUUUUACGCUCAUAUUUACAGAGACAAAAAUCUGCAAUUUACCCCACCCCCCACCUUCCCCAGCCACUAAGCGAGACGACGAACGAGCAUCCCUUGCGAGUCCCUCCGCCGCAAGGGUACAGUCCAUUACUAUUAUAUGAUGGCGUAUUUCAUUUUGUUAACUGAUACAUGACAGGGUUACUUACACUUGCGCAAGAUGGCGGGCAAAGGGCAAGUAGAUCUUGAAAUGCAGAAAUUUAUAUUAGCAGAACAAGAAAAAGCCAAGUUUCAGGGCCUUGUUCAUAACUUAACCGAUACUUGUUGGGAUAGGUGUGUUGAAAAAAUAGGAUCAAAGCUGGAUUCCAGGACAGAAACGUGUCUUGUGAACUGCGUGGAAAGGUUCAUAGAUGCUUCAAACUUUGUUGCUAAUCGCUUUGCACAGAUCGGUCAAAAUUGA